AUGACAGGAGACAAGAUUAAUGCUGCUGCCAAACGUCACAAAAGGAAUCCAAUAUCGAUUUUGUCGCUUCCCACCGAAGUUCUGAUAAAGGUCACCUCACAGCUAUCUCAAAAAGACACAUUAUCAUUAUUAUACUCAAAUAAGCAUUUCGAAGAAGCAUGCAAUGUCAGACUAUACAAAAAACUCAUGUUCUGCGGGCAUCCGUGGCUUUCAUACACGGAUACACUUGGUGAUGUAGAUGGAUCUACUCGUGUUAAGCCUAUCAGAAAAAUUAGAUGCAUGUUCGAAACUUUUGGUGAUGACUACUCAAAAACCUUAAAAAAAUCACAUGCUUUGUUGAUUAAAGACAUUGUCAUAUAUGAUAAUCCAUGGCUCUUUGACUCUUCAGAUUCUUUCCAUGAUACGUUUGACCCCACUUGGGUCCCAUUUAUUAAAUCAUGCAGGAACUUGAGAUCAUUCAUCUGUCCUUGGUUCACAAUUGAUAACCUUUUGGUUGGAGGUAAAGAUCUGGUUGAGAACUUAUCCAGAUUGUCCAUCAACUACCAACACACGUCAGAAUCCGAAUCCAAUAAUAGAUUUCCAGAUGGAAUAAAGCUCAAGAAUUUGAAAAUAAUGAAGUUAAAUUUACCAAGGCCUUGGGAUUAUUCAAACGAAGAAAGCAUUCUUCAACUCCUAUUAAUUGAUGAUAAUAAAACAAAUAUAGUGUUAGAAGAGCUUGAAUUAAAUCAACAAUAUGGUUAUCAGGAUGAAGCCAAUGAACGAGAUCUCUCUGCUUAUGAAUACACCAUGGAACCAAAUUUAGUCUCAUCAUUCUUACUUGGUCAUUUUGAUCCUCCGCCUUCAGAAAGCACAUUUUCUGUACACAAUCGUGCUUAUGAAGAUGAUCCUGAUUCUAGAUUUUUUUCAGACUCUGAUGAAACAAAUAGUGACUCUGAAGAUUCAGUGUCUGACACUAGGGAAUUUCCAGAUGAAUAUAUCACUUCUACAGGAGAGAUGUACUAUACCUCCAUACAUCCUGUUGUACAUCAUACCAAUAAUGAGGUCAGAAAUGAAGAACAUUUCAAUGAUGAAGAUGAAUCAUUUUUCAUUGGUUUGAAUGACGUUGAAUUUGGACAACGACCACCACACAGCGUUCAUAAUCCAUUUCUCAAUGUUGAGGUUUUGGAAUUCAGAAACGUGUAUCACAAACCAUUAACUGUUGAUGUUGAGCUUUUCAUGGAAAAUCCUGAUCCAAGAUUAAGAAAUGGCUGGGGUGUCAUAGAAAGAACCAACUCAUUUCUCACCUGUUUCAUUGAAUCACAAAAGGUUUUCCCAAAACUGAAAAAAAUGAUGUUUUUCAGCUCCCCAGAUGCAAAACAGAUACUUGGUGCUAUUAAGAACAACUUUCUGAUUCAAGAUAGGGAAGUGAUGAAUCCGUUUUCCAAAUACUGUGAGUUAUUAAUUGACUUCACUCUAUUAACGCCUAAUCUUGAAGAAUUAAUUUUCGUUGCACCAAGUGAAGUUGGUUUCAAAACCUUUAUGAGAAUCGUUCAUCAAUCUCCAAGACGUCAAUUUUUUAAGAAAUUAAGUUUCUUUUCAUACGAUGGUAUAUAUUCAUGUUGUACAAAAAUAUUGAAUGCCAAAGUUUUUAAAAGGUUUGACAAUUUUGAUGAUCUAAGAGAAAUUGAUAACUACCAAUAUUUGUGUUCACAAAUUAUUAAAGAGCACUUUAUCUCUUGCUCAAAAAUACAAGAUUAUGAAGGUCAUGAAAAGUUGAAAAAUUCGAAGAAUACUAUGUUUUUCAAGAAAGAGUUUGAAUAUGUUUUCGGUGGUGAUGCUUUAUUGAUGUUUAAAAAAUGCCCAAAGCUGAAGGAAAUUACCAUAUAUGGAUUCACAUUUUAUCGGGGGACAACAGUGACAACUCCAAUGUACGUUUGA